AUGGACGCUUUCUGUAAAAUUGUCCAGCCGAAGAAGAAACGGCCGAUGACGGAAGCUCGACGGCAACAAAGUAGAGCGGCACAGAAAAGAUACCGUGAGAAGCAGAAACGCCGGUUGGCAGAGCUGUCGAGUCUUGCGUCUGCAAGUCAAACCAAUGGACCAAGCCAUCCAAUACCGAUGUCGUCGGACCUUCUCGAGGCCGCCUGGCUACCCAAUUCGAGUGGAGCGCUCGAUUUGAUGGAAGAACAGAUUCUAGUGAACAUUCCAGGUGGAGCUGCUCACUCAGCAGAAUCGAACGGGGUAGAGUCCGCAUCCGCCAUUCAAGAUAUAAGGGUGGAUCCAAACUGGACUAUGAACAUCCCUUUGAGCGGAUCCGACAUAUUCCAGCUCAAUGAUACAUGCUUAUCUAGUGAAAGUAUGCUGGAGGGGAGAAGAGGCGGGGAUGGUCAAACAAUAAUAGAGAGCGCAUAUCCUCCUCUGAGUGAACAGGUUGCAGAUACCCAGGAAAUCCUGGAAUCCAUGCAAUCUUCCAGUUUAGAGAGGCCUUCAGCAACCAUCCAAUCCUCGUCUUCAUUUUCUAUUGAUGCUUUGCCGGCUCCAUCGAUCCCAAGAGAUACAUACAUUCGAGUGCAUCGUUAUUCGCUUCUCAACUCUUUCAUGGAGAAUGCGACGACGCUGGGGUAUACGCGUGAUUGGGUGACAACCUACGGCUGUCACCUGGAAUCCCUUUGGUGUCCCACAUUACCACAACCGCAACCGCAAGUGGGGAUACGAGUCAAUUGGAAAGAGAACAUUCCGGCGAUGACGAAGGUAGCACCGGAUCUUGCUCCGACUACAACUCAGUUGCAAUACCCUCAUCUUCUGUACAUUGAUAUCUUCCCAUUUCCGGAGUUCCGCGAGAAGAUGCUAGCUCUUCGAGCAAUGCGGCCUAAAGUAUUUGAAGAAAAAGAUUUCAUCCGAGACAUCGACACAGGCGAAGCGAUUUGUUGCUGGGGACCAACACCAUGGGAGAAGAGGUCAUGGGAGGCACAACCAUGGUUCUUGCGAAAGUGGUGGAUGUUGACGGGAGGAGAGCAGGGAGAAAUGGGAUCCCUGAGCCGGUGGUGGAGGCGUUUCCGGGGAGAAGAGAUUUGA